AAACACAUUCAAACUCAAUCUCUCUCUUCCUCUCUCUCUAGCCCUCCAUUUUCAUAAGGGCUAAGAAGCAGAGGAGUCUGAAUCAUCAUCAACCAGUUUCCUAAUACCAAUCACAAUCCAACAUUAUAUGGAAACGAUCUCUUGAUCAGACAGACUUUCCCAAGUUUCAGGAGUUCAAGGGGAAGAGAGAAAAUGGAGAGUGGAGGGGAGUUGGUCAAAGGGAAUGGGGAGAGGAUUUUGGUGUGUGUGAGAUUGAGGCCGUUGAACGACAAGGAAAUCUCGAACAACGAUGUUUCAGAUUGGGAAUGCGUCAGUAGUGAUACUCUUGUUUACAAGAAUGUCGGCCAUAUCGCUUCAGCCACAUCCACCUAUCCCACAUCCUACACAUUUGAUCGCGUGUUUGGGAGUGAUAGCUCCACGAAAACAGUGUACGAGCAAGGAGCCAAGGAUGCUGCUAUGUCAGUUGUCCAUGGAGUGAAUUCGACUAUUCUCGCGUAUGGUGAGAGGAGCAGUGGGAAGACGUUUACGAUGACUGGGAUCACUGAGUGUGCUGUUGCAGAUAUAUAUGAUUAUAUAGAAAAGCAUCCGGAAAGAGAGUUCGUUGUGAAGUUCACUGCUAUGGAGAUAUAUAACGAAUGUGUCCGCGACCUGCUUAGUACAGAUAACGCCACUCUAAAACUCGUAGAUGAUCCAGAGAGAGGAACCGUGGUAGAGAAUCUCACCGAGGAAAUCUUGAGGGACCGAGAUCAUCUCACUGAGCUGAUGUUUAUCUGCCAAGCUCUAAGACACAAUGGAGACGUGUCGCCUAAUAAACUGAGCCUCCGAUCUCACCAGAUUAUUAGACUGACGAUUGAAAGCUCUCCACGCAGCAAUUUAGAGUGGGACGGCUCCAGCUCUCUUGCAGCCACCGUGAACUUCGUUGAUCUGUUUGGAACACAACGAGCGUCUCAAUCAUCGCCUACUGGAACGAGGUUCAAAAAAGGCAGACACAUUGAUCAAAGCUUGCAGACUCUGGGAGCUGUUAUUACCAGCCUGAGCAAGGGAGGAGAAGAAACCAUACCUUAUAAAAACUCCAAGCUAACUCGAAUCUUGCAAACAUCGCUGGGAGGAAACGCUAGAACUGCCAUCAUAUGCACGAUGAGCCCUGCUCGUACCCACAUUGAGCAAUCAAGGAACACUCUUCACUUUGCUAUCUGUGCAAAGGAGGUACCUACCAAUGCACGUGUCAAUGUAGUCGUCUCCGACAAAGCAUUGGUCAAGCAUCUGCAGAAGGAGCUAGCAAGGCUCGAGGAUGAGAUUAGAGGUAACCCUUCCAGCGUCUCGCCUCAAAAUUUCUCAACAUUACUCAGAGAGAAAGAUGCUCAGAUUGAAAAGCUGGAGAAGGAGGUCAGAGAUCUGAUUCUGCAACGAGAUAUUUUCGAGUCGCAAGUUAAAGAUCUGUCGAAAAUGGUUGGAGACACUGGAAGCUCAAUCACACAG